UUAAGCUGUAGCCAUAACCAACACCGGUGCAUCUGUCAAUGUCAAUCACACGUUUUUAAAGGGCUUGUUUGGGUUCAAUGGUGCAUGGUGCCAUAAUUUGGUAUUCCUUUUUAAUUUCUAUUGUUUUAUGUGAACAUAAAUGGGAAGACAACUUGUGAAACUUCUAAAGGUCGGUAAAAUAAAAUAUGGUUGCGGACUCCACUUACAACAACACUUUGUUCAGCUUCAUAAAACCACAACAGAAAAUCAAAAUACUCUGAUUAUUGUGGAGCACCCUCAUGUGUAUACAACAGGAAUCCGUGAUAAAAACUAUUCACAAAGUGAAGAAGAAAAUCUAAAGCACAAAGGAGCUGAAUUUUAUAGAACCAACAGAGGCGGUCUAAUAACAUACCAUGGCCCUGGACAACUAGUGGCAUAUCCUAUUUUAAACUUACAUAAUUUCAAUCCAAGGAUUCACUGGUAUAUUGAUAAGAUUGAAAAGACCAUCCUCAAUUUGUGCAAAAAAUUUAAAUUGGAGGCUGAACUUCUUGGGGACAGAGGAGUGUGGAUAAAAGACAAAAAGGUAUUUUUUGUAAAAUUAAAAGUUGUUUUUAAGCGUUAUAGCGCUAAUCCGGAAGAAAAUUUCACAACUCAAAAAACAACUUUUUCAGAUUUGUUCUGUUGGACUUCAUGGUUCCCGUUACAUUACCUCCCAUGGUUUUGCUCUAAAUUGCAACCCUGAUCUCUCCUGGUUUGACCAUAUAGUGCCAUGUGGAAUUGAAGGAAAGGGUGUUACAAGUCUCAGCCAAGAACUAGGUAGAGAAGUAACAGUUGCAGAGACUAUACCAGUCUUGUUAGAAAGUUUUAAGGAAAUCUUUGAAGUGGAUCUCAUUGAUUAUCCUGAAGAAGAGGCUGAUUGUCUCCAGAAGACUUUUGUUAAAUAAGAAACAAAUAUGUGUACAUACUUCAUUUAUGUUUUAUUUGUUAUUAGGCAAUCUUUGCCUUUUAUAUAGCUGAUGUGAGAUUUUUAUAGACAAAUAUGUAUUCCAUAUUUCUUUUUGAUAAUAAAGAAUAUAUAUUCCUGA